AUGCUCACGAGCAACAUGCUGUGGAAUUCACUCCUCGCAAUCGCCUCCGUGGCAGUAGCGAUCCAGGACUCUCGCAUUAAGACUGCUCUUACUCUCCAAACGCCGGUCAACGGGAUCAGCACCACUCCCUCCGGCCGCCUCUUCGUUCUUUUCGCUCGUGUCGACGGCUCAAAGGGAAUCCAGGUGGCAGAACAUCUGUCCGAUGGCACCUACGCGCCAUAUCCGAAUCUUGAAUGGAAUUCGUACGCCGAAGGCAAAGAUCCCUCAACCCACCUGAUCCGUACCAACAGCCAGCGCAUUGGACCUGAUGGACUACUCUGGCUUGUGGACGUCGGGUCGCCUAACUUUGGAGCACCUGUCAUCCUUCCUGAUGGACCGAAACUGGUUACUGUCAACUUGACGACGAACGACGUUCAGAGGGUCUUUCCGUUGGGCAGUGUUACCCUAGAAAAUAGUCAGAUUGACGACAUUCGUUUCAAUCCUUCCUCAGGACUUGCCUAUAUCACCGACGCUGGAGUGCCCGCCAUCAUCAUUCUAGAACUGUCCACUGGACGAGCGAUUCGGGUUCUGGAAAACGACUCCUCGACAAGAGGCGCACCCUUCCCAGCCUCCGCGGAAGGACAACUGCUCCACAAUUCGGCUGACCCGAGCUUUCCGGUCCAAUACGUCUACGCAGACCAGCAUGAAGUAUCGCCGGACUUGAAAUACUACUACUUCCAGCCUGCAAAUGGCGGGCUCUCACGCAUACCCACCGCGGACUUGGACAAGGUGUAUUUCAAUGAGUCGCAUGCAUCCGCCCUUCCUCAAUCUGUCUCGCCUUUUGCGUUGACUCCAUCCACUGGUGGCACAGCCAUCGAUGCCAAUGGGGCCAUCUACUGCUCCGAUACCGACAGACAGGCUAUCAUCAGGAUCCACCCGAAUGGAACAUGGCAUGAGUUCCUGCGGGACGAAAGGUUGCUCUGGGUCGACGCGAUGUGGGUCAGCUCGGAUCAGAAGUUGUGGAUGCCUGCUGCGCAAUUGAACCGCGGAACUCCUUUCCAAGAGAACAUGACGAGCAAGAUUCAGAAGCCGCUAUAUGUGUAUACAAUUGACAUUGGGGUGGGACCACCUCGUGUGGAUCAUGCUUAG